CAUCCUUCGGAGUAACUAAAGUAGGGUCUAUCUCUCAUUGUGUUCUGUAUAGACUAGGAGUUUUACGAACCGAGAUAAAAUCCAAGAUUUGGGCGCUUGUUCCUCGGCGACAGUUGGCCACGGGCAUCCGCUGCGUCGGUAAAGAGUCACGUAGUACCUACCAGAGUGGAACUAAGCGUUUCUCCAUACGUUUGCAUUCCACAAUGACCGACGCCGUCAAUUACAAAACGAUUAUAGAAGGAUCCACGACCAUGUAUUUUCCGGCCGAUCAAGAAUCCACAGUUUUCUACAACCCCGUUCAGGUUCAAAAUCGAGAUCUUUCAAUUCUUAUGAUUUCCCUCGCUGCCGAACGACGGGCCGUUCGACAGGUUGUCAAAGCACAACGCAAAGCGUUUCGUAGCGAGGGAGUUUCUAAUAAGGGAUUGUCAACGAAAAUGGAGGAGUAUGAGGCAAGCUUGGAUUCUGCCCGAGUCUUGUCAGAACAGGAUCCAGCUUUGGGUUUGACGAUUCUGGACGCUUUGGCAGCGUCCGGGCUGCGGUCGAUUCGUUACUGGAAAGAGAUCCCUGGAACAAAGCACGUGACAAUCAACGAUCUGGACGCUGCCGCUGUUGAACGAGCGUGGACCAACCUGAAGCACAACAACGUCAUGGACGUAGUCUUAGAACAAAACGAUACUCGUGAUCGUGGUAUUCAUCCUCGCUGGGACGUCAUUGAUUUGGAUCCCUACGGAUCGGCGGCUCCAUUUUUGGACGCGGCCGUCCAAGGUAUCGAAGAUGGCGGUUUCUUGUGCGUUACUUGUACAGACAUGGCGGCUUUGGGAGGGUCUCAUCCCGAAACUUGCUUUGGUCGAUACGCAUCCAUGCCUAUUCCGCGCGCGGGUUAUUUGCAAGAAAUGGCGUUGCGUAUUUUGUUGCAUUCGCUGGCGACAACCGCGGCCAAGUACGGACGAACUAUCAAACCGAUCCUGUCCGUCGGUAUGAAUUUCUACAUUCGUGUAUUCGUGGAAGUGUACGAUGACAAGGCGGGGGUGAAUGCUUUAUCUCUAAAACUUGGUAGAGUCUUUCAGUCAACUCAGUGCGCUUCCUUUCAUAUCAAACCUGUAGGUCAACUGGGUGGCAAAAAUGGCAAUGGAUAUCAGCCAGGGCGCGUUCCUGACUUUGGGCAAUCCGUCGAAAUUGAUGAAAGCAUCAAAGUCGGUGGGCCUAUUUGGCUGGGGCCGCUCCACGACAAGACAGUGGUGAAGGUUGCUUUAGAUCGACUGGAGUCCAAGGACGAGACGGUCCUGCCAUCAAUGAAGUGGAUUGCAACGAAGGAUCGGCUACGCGGCUUAUUGACAUCAUGUCAUGAAGAACUCUCCGAUGUUCCCCUCUUUUACAAUCUUCCCCAAAUGGCACAGACGCUCAAUGCGACCACGCCUCCGUUAAUCAAAGUUAAGGCUGCUCUCCUGAAUGCGGGCUUUCGCGUCUCUGGGUACCACAAAGAACCGCAAGCGAUCAAGACAAAUGCCCCAAAUCAAGUUUUAUGGGAUGUUCUCCGAGUAUGGUGCAAAGAAAAUCCCCCCAACAGCACAAAAAACCAUGAAUGUAGCGUUGCCCACAAAAUAUUGACCAAGACGCCAACGACUCACGUGGACUUUUCAGUGCCCAUGGCUUUGCGCGUGGACCGUGGAAUAGCUCGAUUCCCACAGAAUCCUGAGCCACAUUGGGGACCAAAA